AAUCUUAGAUUUUCUAACUGAUUAGAAUGGGGGGCUCGCCACCCUUUGUGUACCCAGCAAUCAUCCUUGCUACCAAAGCUACAGCCGCACAUGUCCUGCAUUCCACCGGGACCCCUUUAAAGUGCUGUCGAGCUUGAGUGGAGUUAAUUGUCUGUGAAGUGGUCUUCAAAAGUCUUUACUUCCGCCAUAGCCGACGCGUCCCUAAGGCCCCGGCGGACUACACCAGGAACCACAAGGAGAAGGGGGUCGAAAUCACAGGAGAACGAGUUUAAGGAACUGCAAAUGCAGUUCCUUUUAAAAGAAAGGGGUGGGCCCUGGCCCUCGGGACCCCCUGGUCCUUGCUGUAACAAGAGUCACUUCGAGAAAUGAAAGCAAAGCAGAGCCCCAGGUAGAUGAGAAAGCAGGUAGGAAGGAAGGUGAUCCCCAGGGACCGCCGCACUUCAUCCUCCUCCAGUGCAGGUUUCCUAGGGGACACUGGGGCUCCUGCUCACCCCAAACAGAGGGGCUUGCCGCCUCCACUGGGACUGAGGACUCAAGAAGUCCCAAGUGCAGGGCAGCAAGUAAGCAAAGGUCCUUCUGAUGGUGGCUUCGGACUCUGCCUUUGUUUUAGUGAGGCUGGAGCGGCAGGGCGAGCCGCGUGGCAGGCGUCUGGUCACCGGCCCCUGGAUGUGCGCCCUCGGACAGGACGAACGCGUGAGCCUCUCCGCGCACCCAGGGUCGUGCCCUGAAGACGUGGACACCUGUGCCCGCCUCAGGGUCGCUGUGGGAAGUGGAAGGCGCGGGGAGCACCCGCACAGCGCCUAGGGCAGCACACAGCAGUCGCCUCGGAGAAGUCAGCCUGUGUCACCUUGGGCCUCGCACCGACUCCUGUCACCAGCUCUUCGCCUUGGAGCGCGUGAUUUGUUUUCUCUGUGUCUCAUCUUCUCGAGGGUUUCGUGUCCUGCGACGUUGUCAGGAGCCGCUGCACGCACCCUGCCAGGUGCAGCCAGGACGGCGCAGCCCGGCCCCGCUGGGGAGGUCUCCGCACAGCACGGGGGUCCGCGGGGCUGGCGUCCCGGCCUCGGAGCGCAGGAGGCGCUGCUGUCCAGUGCCCUAGUCAGGCUGCCGUCGCCCGUGGGGGGCACCGAGACGCCCGGGAGACGAAGCUCUGCUCCCCCGCAGACCCUCCGCUCCCAGCUCUCCUGCCUCGGCUUCCAGCCGGUCUCCACCGCGGACUGUCCAGCAGAGGCCGCCCUGGGCCGGGCUCCUGGGGCCUGAGCGCGGCAGGAGGGAGGGAGGGACGACGGGUGGGGGCGGCCCAGUCCCCACGCCCAGCCGGGUGGGAGGGGUUUGGCGGCGGCGGCUCUGGCUCCGCGGCUGGGAUGGAGCAGGAGUGCGCCCGGCGCGGGAGCUCACGCUGCUGACUGCGCCAGCCUUGCUUGUCUUCCCCGUCUCGCCGCCCGCAGCCCGCGCCGCCCGCCCGCUCCAGGACCAUGGGCGACCGGGCGCUCGUCCUCCUGUGCUUCCUCGUGGCAGGACUGAGGGCGCAGAGUGGGCCGACCUCACCCGUUUCUCUUCCGGCCAGAGCCACCUCCGUGGCUGCCCUCGGGACCAGCUCCGCAUCGACCAGCUCUGCUGUCCCCACCGUGCCCCCGACCAGCAGCACUCAGGACGCCUUGGGACUCCCGGUCACCACGGCAGCUGCACCAACACCGCUCCCCAAGAACACUUCCUCUGAGCCUACAGAAGAGGCCAUCACCAGCCCAGCCCCCAGCCAGGAGGGCACCAACCCCACCCCGUCGGCCCCUGGGCUCUCCUCAACAGCUGCUGGCACCCCCUCUGCCCUCACCCCAGAGGAACACAGCUUGGGUGGUCCUGGGGCCAGCAUGCCAGCCACAGGGUGGCAGUCCCCCACACCCCUAUCCGCACAGGAUGUGGCCUCAUCCUCCUCCUCACUGUCAACUCCACCACCUCCAGCUCCUUCUGCCUCUGUCCCCUCCAACCACAGCACCCAGGUACCCAGCACCCAGGCACCGGCGGCUCCCACCACACCAGCACCCCCAACAGAGAAGCCCAGCUCCAGCCACACAGCCGCCCCCCACACGACGGUGGAGCCAGGGGCCAAGGAGAACACAGCCCAGGACGCUCAGCCUGGCAAAGGCAUCUGCGGGCCUGAGACCACCACUCCGUUCCUGAUCAUGCAGGAGGUGGGGCACGCGCUGAGCUCAGGCAGCGUCGCUGCCAUCACGGUGACAGUCAUCGCCGUAGUUGUGCUGGUGUUUGGAGUCGCUGCGUAUCUGAAGAUCAGGCACUCCUCUUACGGAAGGCUCUUGGAUGACCACGACUACGGGUCCUGGGGAAACUACAACAACCCUCUGUACGACGACUCCUAACAGAGGAAGGCGGCCCGGCGUGGAAGGACUGCUCUCUAUUUAUAAGUGCUUACCCAGUAGAUUAAUAUCAAGUACCUGACGCGCACUGAACGACAAUCUGAAGCCCUGUUUCCUUGGUAUGGUUGUUAUCGUUUGCCUCUCUCUCCUCUGGCUGCCACCACAUCCCCUUUUUAGUGUGAAAGAACCCUGAUCUCCAAGUGAGAGAGGCUGGGUUGGCGCUGAGAGGGCCAGACCUCCGCGGUGCGGCUCCGGCACCCGUACCCGUCCCACACCCACUGCAACAAGGACCGGGGAGAGGGUUUGGGGGUUUUGUUGGGAGUUAACUAAUUUCAGGGGAACAUUUUGGUUUUUUCUUAAACUUCUGUAUAGGAAAUGGCAUUAGGAUCAGAGAGAGCAAGGAAGUAAGUCCCGGGAGGCUCUCCCUCUGCUGUGAGGAAGCAGGGCUCCCUGGGACUCCUUUGUAAUCUCUUUACUAGUUGUAUCUGACAGGAGCCUGUGCCGCCCUAGAGCCCACAGCUGCUCCUUAGCUGCCUAAUUAAUGACAUGAUGUGGACCUGCAGGGGCAGCAGGCCAGGGCAGUGCAGCAGGUGGCUGUCAGGUGUCGGCCUGCCUGUACCUGUUCUCGCUGCCGGGCCUCUCAGGUGCACGCGGGAUCCCAGCCCCCAAGCUUCCCUCAAGGGGUUGUGUUUUAUGACCCGGAGGAGGAGAGGUGUAGAAGGAAAGAGGUGAGGCGGAUCAGCUGUCUGGAGGAGCCCGAACAACUUGCGUUACACCCACAGAGCAACUGAUUCACCGCCUUACCGCCCGUCAGGAAAUGGUUGUAAACUGCUUUAAGAAAUAAAAAAGAGGCACUAGUGUAUCUGCAGGAAACAGGCACCACGCACAGUCCGUUGACUCUCCCACACACUUUCCUUGCCCGUUCUCCCCUUUGAUAAGUGAACACCCUGGGGACCUGUCACUAAAAUCUUGCACAACAGAUAUCGAGAAAUCAUUGCAUCUUUGAGGGCAUCCAUUUAUUUCUUUUUGUUUUUUUGGUUUUUGGGGUUUUUUUGUUUCCGGUACCGGGAAUCGAACUCAUGACGUUGCACUUGCCAGGCAGGCGUUGUGCCACUGAGCUAAAUCCCCAGCCCCAAUCCAUUUAUUUCAGCCAUUCUCAACCAAGAGGUGAUUUUUUGCCACCCCACCUCGGGGACAUCUAAAAACAUUUGGUGGGAUUAUGGGUGGGCACGAAUUGGGGUGCCAGCGUGGACAGAGGCCUGCACUCUGCUACAUAGCCUACUGUGCCUGCGAAAAUAUCUGGUGCCAGGCAUUACCCAGCCCAAAGCCUCAAAAGUGCUGAGACUGAGAACCCCAAUUCGCUGCAGUGCCCGGGACAGAACAACUCUCGGAUUAACCACCUCUUUUAUUUUUAACAAAAUGAAGCAAUGUGUCAAGUUUCUGUCUUAGUUUGCUGGCUGAUGGGUUGUUUCCCGGCACGCAUGGAUGCCCCUUUAAGCCUCUGUGUUUCUGAAGGACUUUAUUUCAAGACUCCACCUGUAUCCUGCUCUGUAUCAGCAACCGGCAUCUCGCAUCCUGAUUUCACAGAGUAGAAAACACACUUUAAAACGUGACGUGUCCCACAGUGUCACCAAGAAUGUGGAACUGCAUCAGUCUAGUUGUCUCGGUGUGGCCUCACCCCAUGGCUCUGUUUUGGAAAUGACCCUGGCAUCAGAAAUCAGGAGCAGCGCCCCUCCCCUUAACCUGUGUCCUGCCCACCGACAAUGAUUUUUCCUAAGCCCCUUGGGUCCAAGGGGAGUUCACCAGAGGUCCCCACAGCCAGAGAGGGCAAGGAGGAAGGAGCUGGCAGGAAUUAGCUCAGCAUGGACCAUCCCAGAAACAUAGCCAAGCAUGCCUAGGUGCACCCUGGCUGUGCUGGGCUGGGAGAGCUGUCACGCCCCCUGUCUCGCUCCCUCCGCAGGGCUUUCCACCUGCCAAAGGGCAAAUCAGUAAAUACAGGGCCUUCCGUGAGGUUUUGUCCUCCUCUCUCAGCCCAAAACAUCUGGACACAACACCCAGGGAUGCCUUUGGAGAAGGGCACGUUGGGACGGCUGCCUCUGUCCUGUGUCCCUGGUCCCAGGACGGUCUCUCCCAGGACCCCUCGCCUGUUGAGAGCCCCAGUGGGGUGAAUACCUUUCCUUACCAAGGGCUGCUAUGGAGACAGCGCAGGGCUAGUUUGUUGCUCUAAUUCACUUUCAGGGCUGGUGGCAAAGAGAGGGAUCUGGGCCUCACUUGGGGUGCUCAGUAAGGUGAGGGCCUGCCAUAAAACUUCAGCUGCACCUGUCUUGUUGGUUAGUAUUAAAUACUUAUGAUGCAGCCUUAUUUUGCCAAAUGUAUUUUUUCAGCAUUGGAAUCAGCCAAUGGAUCUUAGCAAGUGUAUUCUACAAAUGUCACUCAAAACACACACAUAUGCGUGUGCGCACCCUUGAAAUAGAUGCCAACAGCUCACCAAGGAGAACCUGUCCCAUCCACCUGAGGGAAGCUGCAAUGCCUCUGACAGCCACACCCACCUGGGCAGGUGUUGGCGCUGGAGGGAAGCAAGCAGCCGCCUUCCUGUCCCUCACGCGUGAGCACAGAGCAGAAGUCAGCUGAGUUUUCUCUCCCCAGGGCCCUGCAGAGCUCUCCUGCCUGCCCCCACCCACCUGUGUCUGCAUUUCUGAGGAGGUCAACGCUGUCACACUGACCGCGCCCCCUCCUACCUCACAGAGGUGCCAUGAGGACUCGUGAAAUCAUGUCUAUGGUGUUUCCGGUUUCUGGAGAGACACAUUUAUAGACACUUGAAGUAUUGCAAUGGUAUAUAAGUGAUCAGUUUCUUGUUUGCUGUGAUACUUGGGUGUUGUCUUUACUUAUUCUACGAAACUCCAGUGGUGUCCCAGCCACAUCAGACAGCUGUGACUGCUCGGAACUGCCCCAGCGAAGCCGACCAGCGGUGAGGUUCACUGUGCCUGGGGUCCCGGAGGUGGUGUCCAUCUCCUGCUGAAAGGACAGGGGACGAGUUGGGACACAAGAGGCCAGGAUGACACACUGGAAAGCGCUGGCCUACACCACCCUGAGGUCCUCUGGGUUCCUUCUGUAGUGGACUGUGGUCUGAUGUUACCGGUUCGCCCUUCAUCUUGCUUGCAAGGGUGCAUGGUUCCAUCCCUUGCAUCUGGGAAAUGAAUUUUGCAGUCGGGCCAGAUGCUAAUUUGCACGUUCAUUCACCUUCUUUGCCUUUAACCUUUUGUAGGGCAAAUGAAUGUACCAUUUCAGCUCCGGUCUAAGAAGCACCAGAAAAUAAUAGUAAAGAUAAUAGUGCUAAGCAAGAGUUCCUUGCCAAGUUUCUUUCUUAGGGGAAGCUGGCUGACAUCAUGGAAAGAGGAAAAGAGACAGGCAACUUCUCUGACAUGUGAUGUCGUUGUGUCUAUCAUUGUUGUAGGACAUGUUGCAUACCAGCUGUAACUGUACCAAUUAAAGUUGUUAAAGGCUGUGUGUCUGGAUGGCGUGA